UUCGUUACACAGAGUUUGAUGGAGGUUUUACAGCCGCUUGUUCUGCAUUAUUUCGUUCGAUUGUGUUAAAUGAAGACAUCUAAGAUUUUGUGACAUUGUAUAUCAAUAGGAGAAAAAUGCUGUCGGCGCUACGUUUUUACAAGACAAAUCCCCUGAGGAGGAUAAGUACUUAUGUGCUCUUUCCUGAGAUUCCUGAGGACACACCAGAGACAAACUGCCUUCUGAGAACCGGUCAGCCGCCAAAGUACUCGGAACUGACGCCUCUCAAGUGUCACGAUGCUGUCCUCAAGCUGGCCUACCAGUUUGAGUAUGACAUGGCCUGCUACGGGGAUGAUCUUGAAGACACGGGCCGGCUGUUGGCGCGCGCCGAGCCGCUCACCUGCGAUGAGGUGGUGGGGCCGAUCGAGCGGCGCGAGGUGCCCUUCAGCUACGUGUGGUCCACCGUCAAGAACCUGUACACGGUGGACCGGCAGCUGGUGCCGGCGCGCCUCUUCCAGCAGAUCCACGCCGCCGCCGCCAAGGCGCACGUCAGCAAGUACAACAACCCGUCCAUCUACGCCGCCUGCCAGGAGCUGCUCUCGGACCGACACCUGCUCUCGGAGGAGCAGACGCGCGUCGUCGAAAAGUACGCCCGCGACGGCCGGCUGAACGGACUGGAGCUGCGCGGCGCCGACCUGCGCAAGUUCAAACUGCACUCGAGUAAACUGCGCCGAGAGCAGGCCGACUUUAUUGGUCGUGUGCGCGCCUCGGACGAGGUGUUCCGCCACCCGGUGGUCGACUACGACCUGGUCAGGGGCAUCCCCGACCACAUUCUGCAGCGGAUGGCGCACAAUCCCUCGGAGCCGCGCGCCGGCCCGUGGACGGUCACUCUGGAGCCCGAGGUGUACACCGCCUUCCUGGAGCACUGUCCCAGCGGCGCGCACCGGCUCAACGUGUGGCUGGCGCACGAGAUGCGCUGCUCCAACUUCAACCGCGACCUCAGCAACAGCACCUGCUCGGAGGAGAUCCGUUGGGCCAAGGACGACAUAGCGCGCCUGCUCGGCUACAAGACGCACAUGCAUAAGACGAUGGAGGUGAAGAUGGCCGGCCGCGUCUCGGCCGUCGAGAACAUGAUAGCCAGUCUGCUGGCCGCCGCGCGGCCCGUCCAGGACAGAGAGCUGGAGGAACUGAACGCGUUCGCCCGCUCCAACGGCGAGCAGCAGCCGCUCGAGAUCUGCGACGUACCCUACUGGCGGCGACGGCACAAACUGAGCACCUUCAGCGCCGAGGAGUCGGACGCGGCCGGACAGUUCAGUCUGGUCGGGGCGCUGCGCUUCCUGACGGAGCUGUCCAGCCAACUGUUCGGAGUCGAAUUCCGAGUGGAACAGGGAGACGAGGCGGAGCGGUGGCACCCGGAUGUGAUCCGACUCUCGGUCUGGGAGGACGGCCGGCGUCUCUCCGAGCUGCUGGUGGACCCCUACGCCAGGGAGGGCAAGUCGUUCCCGCUGGGCGCCGGCUGGACUUUCACCGGACGGCACCGCAGCGCCAUCUGCGACGCCACGCCCAUCUCCUACCUCAACUUCAACUUCCCGCCGCCAGGUGGCAGUGGCCUCAGCUUCCGAGACGUCCAGACGCUCUUUGAGAAGUUCGGCCGCAGUAUGAUGACGCUGCUCUGCACGGUCCGGUACGCGGACGUCAGUGCCCCAAACAACAUGGAAUGGGACGCAGUGGACAUCGUGCCCAACGUCUUCAGAAACUGGUGCGUCACUCAAUCA